AUGGUGGCUAAAACCAAAAAGCAAACCGGGAAGAGUCCGGCGACCCAGACUGACCGCGACAGGAGCCCGCUUGUUUCGCCACCUGGCAAAAGUAACGUUAGGCGGCCAGGCAGGGAGGGCAAGGUUUUCAACAGCACGCAUUCAAACGGGCUUUCGGGCAUCAGACACAAGCUGGGGCUAACUCCGUCUGCAGCCGCCAAGCUGGGAAUCACUCUUCUCCUCGCUGCUCUGACUGGAUAUCUGCACUGGUAUCAUCUCACACAGCUCUUUGAGAAUGACAGGCACUUUUCACACCUGUCUAACCUGGAGAAGGAAAUGGCUUUUCGAACAGAAAUGGGUCUGUACUAUUCCUACUACAAGACAAUUAUUGAGGCUCCUUCUUUCCUGGACGGCCUUCACAUGGUCAUGAACGAUCGGCUGACAGAGCAUCCGCUGGUUAUUAACACACUGAAGAGAUUCAACCUCUAUCCAGAGGUGGUCCUGGCCAGCUGGUACCGGAUGUACACAGGUGUAAUGGGUUACUUUGGGAUUCCCACAAAAAUGUGCUGGUCCAUCAACAGAGGAGAGGGACUCACUCCUGUGGACAGCUGUGAAGGAAUGGGUGACCCAGCGUAUUUCUAUGUGGCCUGUGUGUUCCUGCUGAACGGCAUGAUGAUGAGCAUCUUCUUCAUGUACGGCUCCUACCUCAGUGGCAGUCGACUGGGUGGCGUUAUUACCACAUUGUGUUUUUUCUUCAAUCACGGUGAGAGCACUCGAGUGAUGUGGACUCCGCCUCUGAGGGAGAGUUUUGCCUACCCUUUCCUGGUCCUGCAGAUGCUUCUUCUCACAUACAUCCUACGGACACGGAACCCGAGCCGGACAGCUAUGGUCGCUCUGGGCAUCUCCAAUUUGUGCUUUAUGCUGCCUUGGCAGUUUGCCCAGUUUGUGCUGCUCACCCAGGUGGCUUCUCUGUUUGCUUCGUACAUUCUGGGCUACCUCGCUGCUGCUAAGAUGCAGUCCAUCCUCGUCACUCAUAUGAUCACACUCGGCGUCUGCUUUGUCCUGAUGUUUGGUAACUCCAUGCUCCUUACAUCCUUCUACGCCUCUUCACUAGUGUCAAUCUGGGUAAUCAUUGCAAUGAGGGAGCGAUUUGCUCAAGUCUUCAGACAAGGCAUUGUCAUCUGGGUCAUGCAGGGCCUGGCUUGGGUCGGCUCAACAGUUCUGCUUAAAUUCCUGCUAUCCACAGUCUUGGGUGCCUCUGAUGAUGCUCACAUCAGUGGAUUAAUCAAGUCUAAGUUCACGAGCUACAAGGACUUUCACACUCUGAUGUAUACAUGUGCUGCUGAAUUUGACUUCAUGGAGUUGGAGACUCCUGUGCGUUACCUUAAAACGUUGCUGCUGCCCAUCAAUGUGCUGGUGGUUGCUCUCAUUGCUGGCAGGACCAUCCAGGAUAUAGUCCGGUGCCUGAGGCACGGGGGGAAGACGUUGGCCAAGACUGAGGACGCUGACGAAGCUGCAGGGUCUGAAAUAGCUGCAAAAGGAGAGAUGGUGUACCACAGUCUGCAGCUGGUGGCUUUUGCUGUCCUGGCCAUCCUCAUUAUGCGCCUGAAGCUCUUCCUGACGCCACACAUGUGCAUCAUGGCGUCAUUGAUCUGCUCCAGACAGCUCUUUGGCUGGAUUGGGGAGAAGUUUAAGCAGCACACUGUGGUUUUUGCUGUAUUGGCCAUCAUGGCCAUACAGGGAAUGACCAAUCUGCAGGCCCAGUGGGCGAUCAUUGGAGAGUUCAGCAACCUGCCCCAGGAGGAGCUGCUGGACUGGAUCCAGGAAAACACCCGUCCUAAUGCUGUGUUUGCUGGAGCGAUGCCCACCAUGGCCAGCGUAAAGCUUUCCACUGGUCGGCCUAUUGUCAACCACCCUCACUACGAAGAUGCUGGGCUGAGAGAGAGAACCAAGCUGGUCUACUCCAUGUACAGCCGCAUGUCUGGAGAAACCGUUAAGAGGAACCUCAUGAAGCUGGGAGUAGAGUUUUUCAUCCUUGAGGAUUCGUGGUGCACCAGGCGAACCAGACCUGGGUGCAGCAUGCCAGAGAUCUGGGAUAUUGAGGACCCCCAAAAUGUUGGUAAAACCCCCCUCUGCACCCAUAUUUCCAGGAACUCUCGACCCCACUUUACCACAGUCUUUUCCAAUGACAUUUACAAAGUUCUCAAAGUCCCCAAAGCCACCAAAGAUCUCAGAUAACAUCGCUGGACACACUGGCUCAACACCAAACUGUUCUUUGCGUCACUUCUUUGUCGUGCAUUUUUUGGUCACUCACUGCCGUUGCUGCUUUUUACUUCCCGAAAACCCCGGUUCCACAUUUCUUUUGUUAUUCUGAUUCACCAAACGGUGGCUCAAAAACAGGUUGGACAUAACAAACAAGUAUGCCAUGAGUCUAAAACCUCUUGGUGGCAUCACAGCUCUCAGUAUUUUUAACUCAAAGUCUCUUUCCAGACUAGCUAUUGCUGCGUUGUUGUCACUAGUGAUGUUCAUUAUAUGAAAGCCAGGCGGUGGUGGUUGUAGCUCUCCAUUUAGCUUCCUGGCAUUGGUCUUGUUACAUAUAUUCCUUAUUUUAAGGGAUGCUCUACUUACAUUUGUAUAGUGUUUUUCUUACUGUGUAGACCCGAUUUUGACUUUCACUUCAGAAGUAAACUUUUGUCUGGCAAGACCAAUCAGUGAUGUCCACAUACUGUGAAGCAAUACCCUCUGCAAACCUGGCAAAAGCUGACUUCUUCUAUUGUUAUGCACAGUGUUGAUGUAUGAAACGAUUUUUCAGUAGUACACUAUUUUUAUAAUUUAUUGGUGUCACCGUUUUUAUGCAACUUUAAAAGUGUUGAAACAUUUUAUUUUCAAGCAAACAGUGUUUUGAGGCUUUUGGGAGUCUAGGAAGAAAAUAAUGUUCUUGUGUUUUAAAAUGUACAUAACAUUGAUGUCUAUGUGAACUGAAUUCACUCAAAAAACAUUUUAGCUUAAUUGGGAGCAGAGCUUUUGUUGUUGCUUCAGUAAUAGUUAGUUUAUUGUAUAAUUUUUAUGUCCGAGAAGGUAACGAAAACAUCGAUUUCUUUGAUUUUUUUGUAAAUACUGACUACGUUGUUUUGUAAACUGCUGAUGGCCUUUAAAAUGUUCUUUGUGCUUCUUGGAUUAUUGUUUGUUGCCAAAGGAAGUUUUAUUAUCAAAGCUGCAUAUUCAGGGUACUGUAGCAUAUGAAAAAUUCAUUUUUAUGUGACAGCCAAUCAGUUAUUCGUAGCAGUAAAUUUUAUGGUAAUGGUAGCAGUCGCCGGUUCCUUUGUCGGACCACAUUAAAAACAUGCCUCAUUUGAUUUAUGCCAUUACUUGAGAAUAACAAUGCCCCUGUCAUGUCUGUUUAAUAAAUAUGUAGCUAUAGCCAGAAGCGGAUCAGCUUGGCUUAUUUUGGCAAAAGGACUGGAAAAUGGGGAAAAGAGCUUAACUGGCUCCUUUAGAGAGUUAUAGGAAAAAAACAUAACAGGUCAUAGUGUGAUAACUUGAAAACGAGGUGACGUAGGAUUUUGAAAUUGAUACCAUAAGUGCGUCUACUAACAACUGCGGGCGACCUCGUCGUCAAGGUCAGAGGUCAGGUUUUCUGAAAAUCUUGUAACAGGAUGACUCCAGAUGGAAGUCCAAUUGAUUUUCAAAUUGAUGGCAUAGGUGCAUUUAUUAAAAAUCUGAAAUGAAAACUCUGAAUCCCUUUUAGGGAAGAAGUUUGGUGACCUUGGUCUCAAAGUCAAGCUCAGAGGUGAAUCUUGGGAACAUGACACUCAAUUCAUAUUGUAGGUCUGUCUGCUAAAAAUCUCAGACGAGUUUGAAUCCCAGUGACUUCGAACUCAAGGUCAGCUUUCUAAAAACCACCUAGGCCAUGAAUUACUUGUUUAAAUAAACCUGAAUCUUCACGUCUAAAAGUCGAUGGCUUGAUCAACAGCUGAUGGCUCAAGUUACAUUAAUAUUUUCACAAUUUACAAUAAAGAACUAAGAUUUUGCUCAUUCCCUCAAAAUACAUCUGUACAGAGUUUAACCGUUCAGCUUCAGCCGCCUACAAACAGUGAAGCUUGUCCUGCAUUUCUGAUUGUCUGUGGUGUCAGGAACGAACCUCAGAGACCAUUCUCGUGGGAUUUUUACAUUGCAAAGCAAAUUUCUCAUCAAAGUUGAAAUAUUUUAAUUUGGGUAAACAUGGAUUUGCCUGUAAUGCUGCAGUUUUCCCUAUUUCAGAGAUUUGGUUGGUUUAUUUGUCUUAAUAAUAAUCAGAUUCAAUAAACCCUUGAAGUCAGUUUUAUGCCUGUUAAGAUUCAUAAGUGCCAUGACUUCUGGUAAAGGAGUUUUUUAAUCUUUUCAGACUUGUAUCCCUCUGUAUAAUCUAUGAAUCUCUGAGCUUCUUUACUGAUGUGUAAUUAAUAUUAAAAUGACAAUAAAAACCGGCACAAUACACUUUCGUACACUUGUGUUUUACACCCUGCAGCACCACAACUCGCCGUGGUGCACGACCUGCAGAAACAGCUGUUUAUCGCACUGUGCUGCUCUUAGGUGGUGUGAUGAAAAUGUUUUCCUACAAAAUCACAAUUCCAUGUUCAAGUUUCGUUUGUUUGCUUGUUUUUCCUCCCAGUCCUUGUGCUAAGGUGAGACACAAACUUGUUGGCUAUAGCUUAAUAUUUGGUAUACAGACAUGUGGUGAGUGUGGCUCUUUUAAAAAUGUAAAACUACUCCUGUGAGAGGAGUGAACCACCUUCACCAACAGGAGUAACUCAACCGUCACCACUCAGGUGUUUUUUCUAUUGCCACUUUUCUUCAUAAGAUAUUUCCUCCAGUCAUUUAUAAAAAUGUAUCAAUGAUUGUUUUAGUUUAUAUAAAAAAAGCUGAUUUUGUUUGUUUUCUUGACAGAUUAAAGAUGUGUCUUGGGGUGAAUAAUUUACCUGACUUUGGAAUCAGGAAUAAGAUAAGAUUUUUUUUGUUGAAAACUGUUAUCUUCACGGUUGGGAAAAAGUCGUUUCUGUGAUGUGAAUAAAUGUGGCGAAUUAAUGUCUGAAGAUUUUAAUGGUGUACAAGCGAGCUUGCAAGUGCCCGGUUUUAAGCAACUGUGCCAUUGUCACACUUUCCCAGACACUUUGACAAAAUCACUUUAUUCCACUCUCUGGCCUCGUUGUGUUUCUGAUGUUUUUUCUAUUUGUCUAUAUUUUCUGUAUUUAAAAAAUAAAAUAUUUGGAGUGAG